CCUCUUCUUCUUAUUCUUCUUCAUAUCUGCUCCACUGAUCGAUCCUCCCACUCAUCCCCUUCUCAUCCCUUUAAACCUCUUCCCCUCUCACUCCUCCUAUCUUCUUAUCCCCAAGCUUCAAAUCCAAUUAUAAUCCACCUAUCCCCACUUCACCAUUCAAUGCAUAUUCCCAUAAAUUGAUCGUGCAUGGUAUGAUUUAUAAUUAGGUCAAUACACAGCCAGUGGUCGUUGAUCGAUAAUUAGAACUAAUUAAAGGAAAGUGAAGACAUGAGCUUUGGGGAGUACUCUGAGGACGAUCUCGUGAGGGAGCUCCUCCACGAUGAUUCUCCGCUCUUCGCUCCCCUGGAGUUGCAAGGUCAUCAAUCCCAGUCUGUCCCAUCCGAUGACGAGACCAUCAAGAGGCUCAUUUCCACUGUCUACUCCGGGCCGACAAUCCAGGAUAUAGAGAAUGCUCUAUUCUUCAGCUCCCAAAAUAAACAUCACAAUGAAGAUCACUCCUUUUCGCAGCAGCCCAGAGGUGCAUGGUUCGGCCAGAGGGGAAUGAAUAGGGUUGAGAACAAGUAUACGCUGAGGAUUAAGAGCUGUGGCAGUAACGGGAUGACGGACGACGGUUAUAAAUGGAGAAAAUAUGGGCAGAAAUCCAUUAAGAACAGCCCUAACCCGAGGAGCUACUAUAAGUGCACGAACCCAAGGUGUAGCGCGAAGAAACAGGUCGAGAGGUGCAGCGAGGACCCCGACACCCUCAUCAUCACCUACGAAGGGCUCCACCUUCAUUUCGCUUACCCCUUUUUCCUCCUCGGCCCGAACCAACCAGUCGACCCUCCCGUAAAGAAGCCCAAGAAGACCAGCCCACAAACUGGAACAGAUCAGGCCCCCAAAGCCCAUCUGCAAGUGGAAGAGGCCCAUGGACCGCCCAGCCCCGUCCAAGACGGACCGAACCCCACCCUGCCGGAGGAAAGACCGGAAAGCCCGGCCCAGGAAGAAGGGAUGGGCUUGCUUGAAGACGUGGUGCCUUGGAUGAUAAGGUGCCCCAGGAGGACCAGCAACAGUACAUUUGCAUCAUCUCAUCGGCCUUCAGUUUCACCUCCGACUUCGCCUUCUUCCGUCUCUUGGUCUCCAGAUUAUCCGACCGAUCAGUUUUACGACAUCGGUAUAAAUAUGGCACUAAACGAGUUAAUCGAGAAAAGCAUUAUAUAGUUUCAUCAUUAGUUUAAGUAGUUGGAAUUAGAGUUUCAAUAAACUCAUAAAUGUGUAAGGACAACGGGUGUUCAUGGGGUAGGAUAUAUGCUAGAGCUAGCUGUCAUAAUUGAUUGUAUAAUAUUGAUAAAAUACUGCGUAGUGUCAUCCCACCAUAUAAUAUAUAUGUUAUUGAUUAUUAAUAUAUUUUAUGGCUUAAUGAGCUUGAGAUCAUGAGAUGCGGUUGGAGUAAGAACACAAACAGCAGAGUCUAA